GUUUUUUAGAUAAUAAUAAUCAAAUAAAAUUAGGGAGUAUUUUCUAUAUGAACCCAAAAAUAAUUUGUCUUAAAAACAAAAAACGACACCGUAGCACGACAGGGUUGCACAGAUUCCAGCGAUCAGCUCUCUUCCCUUGUAAUCUUGGUCAAAUUCUGGAGCGAAACCUGGAAAAAUUUUAUGGUUUCUGAAAGAGGAGAGACGAGCGGUGCCGGCUUUUCAUCAGCGGAUAAGAGGAGUGAUCCGAUGAACCCACAAUUCUUGCCUGAUACUCCACCAGGGGUCGACCCCUACGAACCAGCCAUGAAGAAAUUAUCAAUUGAUUCAAUUCCUUCAAAAUCGUCCUCAAUCGAAAGAGACUACAGAACGGCAGUUGUCGCUGCAAUGAUUGGAGCUGCGGAAGCAGCCGAUAAGCUUGCAACCGUGAUGGCAGCAGCGGAAGAGGACGCGGCCUUCAAGGCGUUACUCGCCGAGGCAAAUGCGAUUAGGUUAUCGGCAAUUAAUUCCCGAAAAGAGAAGUUAUCGUCAAAUGAGCUGGCAGACGCCAAGGAGGCAGCCGCCGCAGCCUCCAGGGAGGCAGCAGCCGUUAAGGCAGCCGCGGCGGCAGCCAAGGAGGCAGCAGCCGCGAAGACAGCCGCCGCCAAAGAGGCAUCCGCCGCCGCCUCCAAGGAGGCCAACAAGGCAUCCUCCGCCAAGGCAGCCAUCGCCAAGAAGGCUGCCACCGUGAAAGCAGCUCCUACCAAGUCCAAGUCAGCCGCCAAAGCUGCCGCCAUGAAGGCGGCUGCCGCCAAGGCAGCAGCUUCACCUGAGUUCAAAUCACCCGCCGUGCCCGCAGCGGCGUCGAAAUCCAAAUCAGGAAGGGCGGCUGCAGCUUCUGCCAAGUUCAAAUCACCUGCCAAGGCCGCAGCUGCAGCGAAAUCGAAAUCAGGAAGGGAUGGACGUUCCUCGUUGGAGGAGGAGAAUUGGAGAAAGUACUACGAGAUAAUGCACCAAACUCAGGGUUUUGGCAUCACCCGUGCUCCUCAGGAUGCACCUAUCUUACCUUAUAAACAAGAUGAUCAAGUCAAGAUCAAUUGGAUAAUUGAGAAAUGCAUCGAAUUUUACAAUUAUUACAUACAUGAGCAGGUACCCUACCUAUAUCUACCCCUUCUAGUGUACCUGUGGAUUGAUUCCGAUUUAUACUUUCAUAAUAACAAAACAAGGGAGGCCAGGGUAAUUUACUCUAGUCUUGUUUAUUGCUCUUUUCUUGCAGAAAUAUAUGUAUGAUGGGAUGGAGGUUGAGAACGUGGCUUAUUGCCCUGAAUCUUUGGAAACUAUGUAUUAUCUUACCUUCAAAGCUCCUCUAGUUGCUGAUUCCAGCAGAAAGGACACCUUGCUUGCUCAAUGUGUUGUUGUCCCUGAUCAGGGUAACCCUCCAUUUGCUUGUUGUGGCGUUGUUGAUGAUGACGAUGACGAUGACGAUGAUGAUGAUGAUCUUGAUGAUUAUUUUGUAAAGGAGGAGAAGGAGGAGGAGGGAGGGGAGGAUGAUGACCACGACGACUAUGCCUAUGUCUACGAGGAGAGAAGGGUGCUCUAUUGUGACACCAAAGAGAAGCUCUUAUCAGGUUGGAAUCCAGAUAAGCCGUGUGCACUUUUUUGCUGUCAGCUGAAUAACAAGUACCGUAAGGAUCUAAAGCUUGGCACUAAGUUGAGACCAUAUUAGGAGAGUACCAAGGAGUACCCAACCUCUUCACCAAUUAUGAUGCUUCCAGCGUUUGUCGAAUUAGAAGUAAACUUGAGACCUCUUUUAAGUUUUUAGGUACUGUAUUAAUCUCCAUCUAAUUUUUGAAAUACUUGUGGCAAUUAAAUGUUUAGUUGAACUACUUAAUGCAUGAUGAUUGUGAUCCUUUCAUCCCAGACUGUAAUGAUAGUACUGAAUUGUUUGUGAUGUACUGAUGUCAAUAUGUAGUUUGUCGUCGUAUGCUGAAUCUUUUCUCUGCCAAAUUUCCCCUCUACAGUAAUUUAUCUCAAAC